GUCAGUUUCAUGUUGGACAUUCACUAACACAAGUAAGUCCCGUUGGUUUCCUUAUGCCCAACAGCAACGGAACUUCACUACUGUAAACUGACGGAAGGUUGCCCAGGACCAAAACAAGGCUCUUCAUAGAUAAUAUCUGAAGAGUGACUCGAUAAAUGACUGAAAAAGCGGAAACUAUGGACGCUCUAGAUAGCCGUGACAAUGCGCCAUCAGUAAAGAAGAAUGGACAAACCUCGUUGCUGGACAGCGGGGAAGACUUCGAGGUUUUAGAUGAAGAUGACAUCGAUGACGACCCCCCUCCUCUGGAAGAUGCCGGGGGUGGGAAGGGAAAAAACACAGAGAAGUCAGAAAAUAAAAAUGCAGACAUGGACCCAGAACCCUCAGGUCAAGUGGAUGAAUGGCUUGAUGUAUUAGGUAAUGACCAGCUGAAGAAAAAAGUACUGGAGGCAGGCGAAGGGCAAGACAGUCGGCCACAGAAAGGACAGAAUGUAAAGAUUAAUCUUAAAACCUAUCUGAUGGACGGAACACUUGUAGAGGAGCAGCCUGACCUUUCUUUCACUCUGGGAGAUGGGGAUGUUUUCCAGGCACUAGAUCUGACAGUGCAGCUCAUGGAAAUGAGAGAGAAGGCACUCAUCCAGACUGAUGCAAAAUAUGCAUAUGGUGCCCGAGGAAGUCUUGAACCCGAGGUUUCGCCAAACGCUGAGCUUUCUCUUGAAGUGGAACUGCUGGAAGCGACUGAUGCUCCAGACCUGGAGCUGCUGCCCCCACCGGAAAAGAUUGCCCUGGCCAGCCAUAAGAGAGAGCGGGGCAAUAUCCAUUAUCAACGUGGGGACUAUGCUUUUGCUGUAAACUCAUACGGCAUUGCUUUGCAGAUAACAGAGUCUAGUUCUAAAGUUGACAUUACCCCUGAGGAGGAAAAUGAGCUGAUCGAUGUGAAAGUGAAGUGUCUAAACAACAUGGCUGCUUCUCAGCUGAAACUGGACCACUAUGAUGCAGCACUUAAGUCUUGUGUAUCAGCACUUGCACACCAGCCAGACAAUAUAAAAGCGCUUUUCCGCAUGGGCAAGGUACUGGCUCUGCAAGGAGAAUACACAGAAGCCAUUCAAACGCUGAGGAAGGCACUGAAGCUGGAGCCAAGCAACAAGACAAUCCAUGCAGAGCUCUCCAAGCUGGUGAAGAAGCACUCGGAGCAGAGGGGAGCAGAGCAAGCCAUGUAUAAGAAGAUGCUGGGUAAUCCCUCCAGUAGCAGCGGCACACAGAAACACCGGGCCAAGUCUUCAUGGGGUCUCAGCUGGAAGUGGCUUUUUGGUGCCACUGCAGUAGCCAUCGGUGGCGUAGCUUUAUCCGUUGUCAUAGCUGCUAGAAAUUGAAGCAAGAGCCUGUAGUGACAGCCUGACCAGUCCGAGCAGUGGGUGAGCUUAAACACAGAAGCACAGCUGGCAGUGCCUUCUGACCUUUGGCCAAAGUGGGUGGAAAUGUCAGUCGGUCAGUUGCCUCCUCACUGUCACUCUCUUUUCUCUGCUAUGUUUGAGAACUAUUUGUGACAAAUAAUAAAUCAUCACUAAUUGCGUAUGGGAAAAUAAUAUAUUUCCAACCUUCUAAACGUGUAGGUUUAUGCGUAUCUGUCACAUUGCCAGACAGUUUUGUUUUUUUUGGCUGCCAUUGUUUGUGUCUUUGGUAGUUAAUAUUGGAUUAUUUGAGCAUUUGAAAUGAAAAAUAAUGAAAAAUGGAUGCAGAUAGGAGCUAUAUAAAGAUAUUUUUUAAAAUAGCUGUCGUGAUAUGGUCCCAUAGUUAUGCUAUAGUUUUAAAGCGUCACAUUCUGCAGUUAUUUUAUCAUCGAGAUGGGAUUUCACUUUGUCAGGAGACAGUGUUUCAUAUUGAGUGACCAGACAAAUAACACCUGUACGAAGAAAUGCAAUCCAACAGUCGUUCCGGUUUUGCUACUUAAAGUUUUCAGUUUUUCUUUAGUUGUUUUUUGUUUUAAACCCAUUUCUUGUCGUAUAUGUGGAGUUCCUGAGGUUAAAACACACAAUAUUGAAAAGCAAAAGUGUCCAAAACACCUCACAACAUAAUGCAGUUAAAUGAAACGCAACAAACUGCAGCCUCAUAUAGCAAUAUGCAAUUGAAAGCAUAUCUAAAUCAACAAACAAAGGCAGUAAUAUAGUACUGGAUUGCAAUUUAAAGCUGGGGAUUCAGUCACUCGUGUAUACAUACAUAAAAUAAUCUGCUGAUGUAGAUAUACAAUACUUUCUUUUCAAUAUUUCUCAAAUUACCCAUUUUUUUGUGAUGAAGAUGCAGUUUUUACCUUUAAAACCAUGGCAGUGAUGGUACAUGGACUUUUUCUGGUGUGACCGAAGGAGAGUUGACUUUAACUUCAUUCAAUUAUUACCUCAGUUUUUGAUGAUUAAGACCAAAUGUUGAACAGAUGACCCUUCGAGUACGAUGUCGGGUAUGUGUAUUUCUGUCCUCCUGUGAAGCCUUCUUUAAAUUGCGUUCCUUGUAGAUGUUAAUUUAUUCCACUGUUUUUGCUCAUAGCUUUCUUUCAUACACUAAAUGUGACUAACGACUCCAUGGUUUCGUCAGAGUAGAUGGUCGGCCGAUAGAGCCAAAAGUUGCAUAAACCCUUAACAUUCGCCGACAUAUUAAGUGGUCCCUGCUUUUGUUAAAUUUGUGUUCAUCACCAAUAAAAUAUGUCUAUUAUCAAA